AGCAAGAAAGUCGUGUGUGCGGACAUCCAGCGUUCAGCGCCCUUCGGGAAAAGACACCAGAAGUGUAUAUUAACCCUUGGCGCCCGCGUCGUGCUAAUUACCUUUAUUUGCUUACCCUUUUUUUUGGCUGUUUCAAAAUACCCUCGUGCGACAAGAAGGAGAGAUCGGCGAGCAGAGGAGAGGAGUAUAGAGGAUUUACGUGCCCUUCGAAAUUACAGCCAACAGUUGACAGCAGCAGAAUGCAGUUCUAAGGAAACAUAUCUGGCCGAAAAGAGACAGGAAUAAAGCAGAAGAAAAAGACGGAAGGAUCACAGAGUGACAACGAGUACAAAAGACUGGGACCCUCUGACCAGAGAUGGCUGGAAUCAGCCUGAUUCUGGUUCUGCUACUGACCACCAGUGUCGGCAAUAUCCACGCCAACGAUGGUGGAUCCUCUUCGAGCUCCGCACCAGCCACCUUGGGCAUAUUCUUCGAGAGAGCUCCCGAAUCCGCGGUGGCUCCCAAGGGGGACGAGGUGGUCUUCGAGUGCGAACUGAACCUCAAGCCGGAUCGCCUGGAGUGGCGAUUCCGACGCAGUGGCUCCCCCGAACCGUAUAGAUAUCUCAGGCCCUCGGCCGGAUACAAUGUGACCAGUGGGAGUGACCGUGCCUGGCGACUGCGGAUCUAUGUGAGUGCCCAAACGGCGGGAGACUACCAGUGCGUGGCUUGGUACGGACCGGGAGCAUUGGCCUCCACGCCCGCCCGCCUGGCCUUGGUCUCGAUAGCCUUGGACGCAGGUCAGGGCUCCAUGGGGUCCAGGGGCUCCAUUCGCUGGAGUGUGGCGCCCAAGAACUGCCUUCUCAUCCGGUGUGGCAGCGUGAUAUCCAACCCCCCGGCCAUCUGGAGCUUCUACAGGAAUGGGAAGAAGCUGCCCCAAUCCGAAUUGCUUCCAGGAGCAGCCGGCGCCUUGGUUUUAGACACGGUAACUGCCAAGGACGCGGGUAACUACUCAUGUGUGGCCACUAAUUCCAUAACAGGUGACGAGCUAAGGCUUCCCCAAACCAUUGAGCUGAGGGUGGAUUACACGGACAGAACACCCCCGUACUUCCUGCAACGUCCACCCACGGAGUACUCCGCUCGUCCGGGGGAAACCGUUGUGCUCGAGUGCCCUGGCGUGGGAUCCCCCAGACCCGGCGUCAUCUGGAGCAGUCCCAAUGUGGCGGGGAUUUAUAAUAACAGGAGCAAGAUCCUGCCCUAUGGCUUGCAGAUCACUGAUGUGAAGCCGGAGGAUCAGGGAUCCUACAUCUGCAUGUUGGACAAUGGAAUCGCACCGCCCAUCGAUCACACCGUCAAGUUGAGUGUCCUGCAACGUCCCACGAUUCUGAAGGGACCUGAUGCCACUCUGACCAACGAAAGUAGUUCCCUGCUGUUGGUUUGCUCCGCCACUGGGAAUCCCCUGCCCGAUAUUUACUGGCUGAUAAACGGGGAGGACGCCACCAAGGAUCCGGAGGCCCAGGUGGAUAACCGGAGUCUACGCCUGUAUCACGUACAAAAGCGACACGCCGGAGUUGUUCAGUGCUUCGCGAAGAACAUUCUGGGGGAGACCAGCGAGGGCAACAUGCUGCGCGUGAAUCCCCUGCAAAUCUCUGGCGAGGAUGAGGAACCCCUCGGUGGAGUGCCCAUGUGGCCAGUUCAUGAACCGAACGGCGGAAUGGGAUCCUCGUCGACUCCAUCUGGUGGUUCCAAAAACAAGGGCGGUCGCAGGAAGUACAAAGCCAUGGUUCCCCCCUCGCGGCCCAAUGUCACCCGGCUGUCGGACGAAUCCGUAAUGCUCCGCUGGAGUGUGCCCCAAAACUCGGGACUCCAGAUCACCUUCUUCAAGGUUCAGUAUCGUCGCUUGGGCGACGGGAAAAACCGGCGGGAGAACUGGCAGACGACCAGCGACAAUAUUCCGUACGGAAAUACCUAUGCAUCCGGCUCGGGAUCCGGAUCCGGAUCGGGAUCGGGGAAUAACCACUGGAGGCAGCGGAACCGGGACCGGGAGUACGAGAUGGGCAAUCCGCCCAAGAACUUUACUUCGUCCGUCACGGGACUGACUUCCGGGAAAUACUAUCGCUUCCGGAUCGUGGCGGUUUAUUCGAACAACGACAACAAGGAGGGCAACACCUCCCUCAAGUUCUUCCUGCAAAACGGAACCGCCGAGUCGAACUUGCCAGUUCCCGAACUUCGCGAGGUGGAGUCCUUCUCCGAGUCCGCCGUCGUGCUGCAUUGGUCCUUGGACUCAUCGGGUCAAAAUGAGGACAUAGACGGGUAUUACGCCUACUACAGACCAGUGGACUCGGCAGCGGAAUACCUAAAGGCCACUGUGGACGGCGGAAGGAGCAGGAGCUUCAAGAUAGACCUCCUUCGUCCGGGAACCCACUACGAAUUCAAACUGCAGUCCUUCAACUCCGAUGCCGCCUCAGAGUUCAGUGCCAUACGGCAGGCGAGGACCAAAAAAACCACUGAUCAUAGCGUUUCAUCCUCAUCUUCAUCGUCAAGUCAAGAGCCCGCCAAUAAAACAGCAAGUCCGCAGCAGAACUCCAUAUAUCCAGUGAUCGCAGGGGCCGCCGGCGGUGGUCUGCUGCUCCUCAUCGCAUCCUUGGUGGCUUGCAUUUGUCUCAAAAGGCGGGAAAACACCCAACCGGAGGACGAGAACAAACCGCAAUUGGAGCACAUCCAAGCGGACUUUGUGACCUCCGCCGUUCUCGGAGUGGGUGGACACCACAAAAGUGGCGAUGUGCGGCGCUUGAAUGGGGUGAUUCCCCGGAUGAAUAUCACGCCCAAUCCGCUGGCCCAGGAAACGGCAUCCGAUAAGAAUCGCAACGUGAUGGAGCUGCGUUUCCUGCCGCCACUGGCGAACGGCAACGGAAACGGGAAUGGCAACUGCAUUGCUAGGGAUCGGGAUCUGACCACGGAGCAGCCGGAUGCGGGGGAGCUGCUGGAGGCGGAGGACGGGGAGGAUGGCCAGGGUCUGCCAACGGUUGCGUCGUCCUCCUGCGAAACCCUAGAGGCCUGCGACGAGCCAGUCAAGCUGAAUAUCCGCCAGAAACUCGACCAGGAGCCGCAGGAUCCGCACAAUCCUGUCCUGGAGGCGCCCAGCAAACCGCUGCCACCGCUGCCCAAGAAACCAGCUUCCACUACUGGCCAAACCAACUCUGGCCUGCAUCAGAAUGGCCUGCAUCACGCGCAGCCGUAUCAUCCUCCUGGCACACCCACGUUGAUGCACAAGCGCCUGGACUACCACCAGCAGCAGCAGCAGCCGCCGCCGGUGCCGCCACAUUCCGCCUACUACCAGCAGGCACCCACGCACCACCAGCCGUCGCCCAUGAUGGAGCGCACCGCGGUGCGGGGUCACCAGAUGGAUGGAGGCGACGCCGGCACGCCCACGCCCACGAGGAUACCCUCGUUGAGGAGGCAGAGACGCACCUCGGGCAGCCAGGUGCACAAUAGCCACAGCAAUCUCAAUCUGAAUUUGAACCUGAGCCACCACCACAACAACAACAACCUGCCGCCGCACCACCAGCACCUGCACCACCAUCCCGGCCACCCGGGUCAUCCGAGCGGCCUGGUGGGCAUACCCAUCGUGCCGGGGAGUCCCCGGGUGCAGCGAUCGCCGAUGCCCAGCAGGGCGAUGAUCAAGAGGACUCGACUGGGCAGCCACACGGACAACAUAUCCUCCGGCAGCCUGAACAGUAUUGAGGUCUGAUGCCGGAGCAGCGGGAUGGGGAGGAGCACUAGCCCUGAGUCGCAAGCGAAGCAGUUCCCCGACGACAGACAGCUUCAACUGGGCGUGAGGAGCCUGAACUAGAAGUGUAUUAUUAUGGUUAUUCAUAGAACAGGCCGGCAGAGCAGCUAAAAACACUCGAAAAUUAUUUGUCAAUCGUUUAGCCAAGACUCUCAAACUUCAAUCGUUAUACAGCAAUUUAAAUAACUAAAAGUAGAGCUUAAAAUUGGAUAGGUUACUAGGGCUUCAAGUUUGCCCAUUUUUGUACUAAAAAACUGUUUUAUUCUAUAUUGAAGUAGUUUUGCGCUAGAACCAAAAAUUGUAUUGAAUUUGUAGAGAAAUGCAAGCUUAUGAAGUCUCUCGGUUGAGUUUUAAAAGUUCAUGCAACUUCAUUUUGAGCUUAGUCGUUCAACGCUAAUGCUGCCUAGUUUUGUUUCGGCUUAAAAAUAGUAUUUAGAAAAAGAAGGGCUGAUAAAUAUUGAUAUUAUACUAUUUUCUUGUUGCUGCCGGCCAGAUAGUCAGUAGAAUUAUUAUUUUUUAUUUUUUUUUUUAACCGAUUGAUUUAAUUGUGCAUCCCCCUGGGGGCCAACUUGCAUCUCGACUAAGCCCUGUAGCAUAGUGUUAUUUAUUUAUUACAGUGUAAGCGUCAACGACUCGAAUUGAUUAGUUCAAUUAGGUUAAGCACUAACUAACUCGUAAGGCAAACCAACUAUCUAGCAUUAAUGAAAUACUUUUCGAAAUGUGACUAAUAUCACCCGACAUCGUAUCGUAUGCGCACAGCCCACACAAAACCCAAAAGCAUCCUAACUAUUAUUAAGUUCAUAUACAUCAGAGUUUGAAACUUUCAUAUGCGAAUUUUGGAUUAAAAAAGAAA